UGAAAACAUACAGGACACUUUGAGUAACUAAUUACAGCAUUGUGUCUACAAUCAAAACCUUGUAAUUAAUUAUCUCUCUAAAGAUGAGCAACUCAAAUUAUACCACACUGACCAAUGAAAAUCUUAGAAUUUAAACUUGAGUUACUAAAAUUUAGAAAGUGACCAAUGAAAAUUUGUAACUCUGUCUUGUGCCAUCUCCUACUCGAACAAAAAGCCCUGACACCUGAGCUUUGGCCAUGACACUUUUCGUGCAAAGUUCAAAUCUUCUGACCUUGAGUUAAUCAAUUUGGCUGAGAUUGGAGAUUGUUCUACAAUGGAAACGCAUUACACAACUUAUCACUACAUUGAUGACAUUGAGUCUGAAGCUGAGAGAAGUAUGUCAACUUUUGGUCAGCCUCCAGUGAUUGACCUUUCAGAGGUCAUCGCCACCACAAUCCUUAGUGACAAUUCCAAGGACUCUUCCUAUAGUGAUGACCUUGCCAACCUGACUGAUGUAUUUGACCCUUCCAAGGAAAGCACAGACUUUGAUGAUUCCGGUGUGUCUCAGGACCAUGUUGUGUUGUGUGGUGAAAACUUCCGUGUUCGUCAUCGCAGUGCUUUGUCAAGCUGUGAAGUUCUGGAAUUGGAUGAGGACACUGACACUCCUGUGGUUACCAGUAAGAGCCAGCCUUUGAAGACAUCCACCCCUGCCAUUGUUCACACACAGACAGUGCUCCCAGCCACUCCUUACAGAAACAACAGUUUUGUGGGAGAUUCUCGAUUCAAUGACUCACUCAACAAUCUUCUUGGAUCCCCCGACAGUUCUCUUCACAACAACCCCUUCUUCAAUGACCUUCAAGCUGCCUUAGCUGAUGAAUGCACUUCUACUGAACCUGGCAAAGACUUUCUUCCACAAUCACUCUUUGAUGCCUUGACAACACAACCCAACAGUGAUGUGUUCACCAGGGAACAGAUGCUUCAGGACCGCUUCAACAAACUCUUAUCUUCUUUCCCUGAUGAUGUGCGGAAACUUUCAGAGUUCUACCAUCACCAAGCAUCAGAGGUGGAGACAGAGCGAUUUUGUGCACUCCAGCAGAAAGACCUGUCAUCAGAUGUGAAAUAUACCAUGAACUGCCAUUACGACUCUCAGCUUCAUCAGAUCAUGGACCGUGUUGAACAGAGCCUGCUCCUACUUGAGAAAACCCAACAGAUGAACUACACUUCUAGAGCCAUCAAACCCCGACCUCUCCUCUCCAAGAAAGCUGUUCAACUGAUGGAGAACUGGUAUGACAAUCACCUAGAACAUCCUUACCCUAACACUGAUGCCAUUGAGCAACUAUCCACUGCGGGGGGCAUCACAGCCGAGCAAGUGAAGAAGUGGUUUGCCAACAAGCGUAAUCGCUCCAAUAACACCCGUACUCUCACUGAAAUCGCCAAGAAGAAGCGACAACUUGCCUUGAAGAACAUGGACUGUUUUUAA